UUGGAAUUUCCAUCUUCCCUACUACAUGUCGACUACCGACUUCUGGAACUUUCAGCCUCUUCAUCAUUUCAUCAGUGCCUCUAUUUUGGACAGGACAAUUGGAGUUUACUGCAAUUUCCAUGUGAAUUUUUUAAACUACUGCUCCUCUUUUUCUAUAGUCCUUUAUCCCACUGUAUUUUCUCCUUCUUCGCCCAUCACCGGGGCUUAAUGUCGAAUCUCGUCUACAUUAUUGUCUUUAUUAAAUUCCGUCUAUAAUCUAUAUCAUUUUCUUUAACGCUUAGUAGCUCUAUCAUACACGCCCUAAAUUAUGAGCCCGUAAUACUUUCUAUCCCCUCACAACUCACAAGUGACAUAAUCACAUCCACCAGUCUACCACUACCACAAUACCACCCCCCUUCUCUCUCUCUCUCUUAAAGUCCAGCUACCAAAAUCUACUUUCCCCAAUAGGCCAACAAAAUACCCACUUACGCACUUAGCUAUGCUGAAAUCACCAUGAUUUCACCCCCAAAAACCUCUGUUUUAAUGUCCUCAACCUCCAAAAUUUUCUGGGUACUUCUCAUCUUCCUAAUCAACAACCCAAAUCUCUCACAAACCCAGGAACUCUACUUCAAUGGAUUCAACCAUGCUGGUAACAACAUAACCCUAAAUGGAAUUUCCAAGAUUCUCAACAAUGGCAUCCUCCAACUAACCAAUGACACCUCCAGGCUUCUAGGUCACGCCUUUUAUCCACCUCCAAUUAGAAUCAAAACAAAUGGCAACAACAACAAAGCUCUUUCAUUUUCAACCAUUUUCGCCUUCGCAAUGGUGCCUCAAUUUCAAUCCCUUGGUGGGCACGGGUUCGCCUUCACACUCGCUCCGAGUAAAGAACUCCCAGGUGCCUUACCUAGCCAGUACCUGGGUUUACUCAACUCAUCCGACAAUGGUAAUCUCACCAAUCACAUCUUUGCUGUUGAAUUCGAUGAAGUACAGGAUUUCGAGUUCAGGGAUAUAAAUGAUAAUCAUGUGGGUAUCAAUAUCAACAGCAUGAUUUCAAAUGCGUCUGCAACCGCAGCGUAUUACGUUGAAGGGAAUUCGACGGCUCGGAAUAUUACUAUGAAGAGUGGUGAACCAAUCAUGUGCUGGGUUGAUUAUGAUUCACACACUCAUCAGUUAAAUGUUAGUCUUUCUCUCUCCUCGGAUAAACCAAGUAGGAGCUUAUUGUCUUAUGAUGUAGACCUUUCGCCCUAUUUGGAUGAAUUUAUGUAUGUUGGGUUUUCUGGGUCGACUGGUUUGCUUGCAAGCGCACAUUAUAUUAUGGGAUGGAGUUUUAAGGUGAAUGGUCAAGCUCGUCCUCUUGAUCUAUCUUCCCUUCCUAAACUUCCAAAACCGAAAAACACUAAUUUUGGGAUGAUUUUUGGGGUUUCAAUUGGAUCUGUUUUUGCAUUUUUUAUUGCUCUUGGAUUCGGUGCUUAUUUUGUAUGGCUGUACAAGAAUAGGGAUGUGAUUGAGUCAUGGGAGCUUGAUGUUGGUCCACAUAGGUUCCCUUACCAAGAGCUUAAGAAAGCUACAAAGGGUUUCAAGGAGAAACAGCUCAUUGGGUUUGGUGGAUUUGGGAGGGUGUACAAAGGUUACCUCCCAAGCUCCGAUACCGAAGUCGCGGUUAAGAGGAUUUCCCAUGAAUCAAGGCAAGGGUUACCGGAGUUUGUUGCUGAAAUUGCGAGUAUUGGGCGGUUGCGCCACCGGAAUCUGGUGCAGUUGCUUGGAUGGUGCCGGCGUAAGGGAGACUUGAUUCUUGUGUAUGAUUAUAUGCCAAAUGGUAGUCUAGAUAAGUACUUGUUUGAAGAGCCUAUAAUGGUAUUGAGUUGGGUUCAGAGGUUUAAUAUCAUUAAAGGGGUUGCCUCUGGAUUGCUAUAUUUACAUGAAGGUUGGGAACAAACUGUGAUACAUAGAGAUAUCAAAGCAGGGAAUGUGUUACUUGAUGCUGACUUUAAUGGAAGGUUGGGUGAUUUCGGGUUAGCUAAGCUAUAUGAGCACGGGACUGACCCGGGGACUACCCGGGUUGUGGGUACUCUUGGGUAUUUGGCACCGGAGCUUACACGAACAGGGAAGCCUACAACGAGCUCUGAUGUGUUUGCAUUUGGUGCAUUGUUGUUGGAGAUUGCUUGUGGGAGGAGACCUGUAGACCCUAAGGCAGCACCUGAGGAAUUGUUCUUGGUUGAUUGGGUAUGGGAUAGAUGGAGAGAGGGUGCUAUUCUUGAUGUAAUGGAUUCUAAGUUAAUGGGUGAUUAUAAUGAGAUGGAGGCAGCGAUUGUUUUGAAGUUGGGUUUAAUGUGCUCUGCUGAGGCGCCUGAUUCCCGACCUUCAAUGAAGCAGUUGGUAAGGUAUCUGGAUGGGGAGGCUGCAUUGCCAGAAGAGAUCAUUCUUCCUGGUGGAUAUAGUGGGAAGAGGCGCAGCCAUAGCAGUCGAACAACUGGAACAACUGGUACCGGAGAAUUUGAGGAUUAUGUACAUACAUAUCCUCCUGCUUCAUAUAUGGAUAUUGAAGGUGGUUCAGUUUCUUUGUUAUCUUUGUCUGGUGGUGAUGAAGGUAGAUAGCCUGAGAAAUAAGAUUUGUCUAACAUGAUUUACCAGUUGUGUGUUUUGGAUUCAAUAUUUGAGUUUUUUGUUUAGGAUUUUUGCACUUGAGAUUGUAAUUUAGAGUCACUGAUUUAUCUGCUGCCUAAUUAGGUAUUAAAAUUAAAUCAUUGUUGUAUAUAGAUAUGUAAUUUUGUAUCUCUCUCACCACUUGAACAUGUUAAUUGGUGCCCUGAUUUCUGAUCUCUUAUGUAAGAUUUGUGGAAGUAAGUACCAUUCGCGCU